CCACUCGGCAUCAAGCCUUCCAACAAGCCUAUUUAUCUUUGAGCAAGCGCAUAUGAACGCUGUCGACAUGGAGACAACGGGCACCACUGACUCAAGCGUCGGCCAUGGAGCAGGCGACGGCCCGAGCGUCCUCCUUCUCCCGCUCCCGGGGGCGCAGGGCCACACAAACCCGAUGCUCCAGUUCAGCCGCCGCCUCGCAUACCACGGCCUCCGCCCCACCCUCGUCGUCACCCGGUACGUGCUCUCCACCACCUCGCACCCUGUCGCGCCGUUCCGCAUGGCCGUAAUCUCGGACGGCUUCGAUGCUGGUGGCAUGGCGCUGUGCCCCGACUACGCGGAGUACUUCCCACGACUGGAGGCCGUCGGGUCCGAGACUCUGCGGGAGCUCCUUCUGUCCGAGGCGCGCGCUGGGCGGCCAGUGCGCGUGCUGGUUUACGACCCUCAUCUUGCCUGGGCGCUGCGGGUGGCGCGGGCGGCCGGCGUGGCCACCGCGGCCUUCUUCUCCCAGCCGUGUGCUGUGGACAUCGUGUAUGGGGAGCUCUGGGCGGGGCGGCUGGCGCUGCCGGUGACAGACGGGCGAGCACUGCUCGCGAGAGAAGCACUGGGCGUGGAGCUUGGGCCGGAGGACAUGCCGCCAUUCGCGGCUGUGCCGGAGUUGCAACCGGUGCUCACCAAGACGUCGAUUGGGCAGUUCGACGGUCUGGAGGACGCCGACGACGUGCUCCUCAACUCUUUCCGCGACAUCGCGCCAAAGGAGGCCGAGUACAUGGAGUUAACAUGGAGAGCAAAGAUGAUUGGUCCAACUAUGCCAUCGUACUUUCUUGAUGAUAAUCGCCUACCAUCCAACAAGUCUUACGGUUUCAACUUGUUCAGUGAUGGUGUAUCGUGUAUGGAUUGGUUAGACAAGCAUAGCAUGUCCUCCGUUGUGCUUGUAUGCUAUGGCACCGUCUCUAACUACGAUGCAACCCUGUUGGAGGAGCUUGGCAGUGGACUAUGCAAUUCUGGCAAACCUUUUCUUCGGGUUGUCAGAUCCAACGAGGCACACAAGUUAUCGGAAGAACUCAAGGAGAAAUGUGAGAACAAUGGAUUAAUUGUUGCAUGGUUCCACCAACUUCAAGUUUUGCACACAAGGCUAUCGGUAUGGUAACACACACACACUACAUUUCUUUUACUCCUUUUAUGGACAAGAACAUAAAAAUGUUUUACAAAGUAAACAAAUAUGACAACACUUUAUAUCUAAAUUCAUGAACAUACAUGUUGGUUGUUUUGUUACCCACUGCGGAUGGAACUCGACAUUGGAGGCAGUUGUUAGUGGUGUUCCUCUUGUGGGAAUCCCACAUUGGGCAGACAAACCCACCAUCUCAAAGUAUGUAGAAACCAUGUGGGGCAUGUGUGUGAGUGUACGGAUGGGUGAUAAAGGAUGCCUAAAGAUGAUGGAGGUCAAGAGCUCCAUAGAGAGGUGAUGGACGGAGAUAGAAAGGAUGAGUACAAAAGAAAUGCUGCAAAGUGGAUGCAAAAUGCCAAGGAUGCAAUGCAGGAAGGAGGAAGCUCAGAUAAGCAUAUUGCUGACUUUGCUGCGAAGUAUACUUCAAAUUGAAUUCAGACCAAUGCAUUUUUCACUUCAAGUUAUGAAAGUAGGCAUUAACUACAAUUAUUUUAGAGAGAAUGAUAUUUUACAUGUGCAAGUAGAGUGCUAUCUUCUCACCAUUUAGAAGGAUGUUCAAUUUU